AUGAAUAAGGUUCUUGAAAACAUGCUCGGGAAGUCUAUAGAGCAGAGGUUUGAGGAGAUAGAAGUUGAAGAAGUUAGAGCAAAGCGUCAAGCAGAGAUUGAUGCUCAAAUGAAAGACAAAGGAAAAAGUGCUGAAGGUUCUGUGAUUGCUGAAAGAUCAAUAGUUUUAUCUACUGAUCCUGAGUCUCCUAUUCAGAAUCCUGUUCCUAUAUCUGCUGUAUCAGCUAUCUUUGAAGAAGAUGUGUUACGUGAAGAUCUUGGUAAUGAUGAUGAGGAAGAGGAGGAUGAUGACGAAGAGGAUGACGAUGAAGAGAAUGAUGAUGAUGAGGAUGAUGAUGAAGAAAAAGUAUUCUCUGCAAGCAGUCAUAGUUCUGAUGAUAUUGAUGAUAAUGAUGAUCAGGGUGAUACAGGUGUUAUUGUUUCUGAAGCAUCAAAAGAGCAAAUGUUGAUGAUUUAA